AUGGAUUCCCGACAGCUCAUCGACGCACAAUUCGACCGUGCGGUAGAAAUCGUGCAGAGCCUGCCCAAGAAUGGGCCAAUACAGACCGGUUAUGAGGAGAAGCUCACGAUGUACAGUCUGUACAAACAAGCUACUGUCGGAAAUGUCCAAACUCCCCGUCCAAGCGUUUGGGACAUGCUAGGGAGGGCCAAAUGGGAUGAAUGGGCGAAACACAAGGAUCUCGAUCCGUAUGAGGCCAAGUGGAAAUACGUAGAGGCAUUGCUUAAGGUUUUGCGGAGAUACUCGGAUAAGACGAUUGCCAUGGACUUGGUGCGGGAGCUGGAGUCAUAUUCUGGAGAUCCCUCGAAUAUGGUGAUGAGUGCAUCAUUCUCGAAGUCAACAAGAUCCUCCUCUUCUGGCUCGACCACGUCAGACGACCAUCCACUCUACGAGUUGGGGAAUAUACCUGCUCAUAUCAGAAACACCCAAACGAACAUCCAAGCUUCUCUACCACCUCCUGGACCCCAGGUUGACCAGAGCAGUUCGGAAGACGAGGAAGCGGGGGACCAGGUGCCACCUGUAUCCUCUGCGUAUGCUCAGAGUCAGGCGGACCGUCCUCAAUCUUCUCUGUCCACGCAUCGCUAUCGCACCCCUGCGCGGUAUCGCACCCCUGCCACACGUUCCCUCAUUCAUUCACCUCCAAUACCAAUUUCGAGCGUGCCUGCAACCCAACCUCACUCAGAAUAUCAGGCUCAGUCCGCAUUCGGAGAGCCAGUGAAUGCUGCGUCUACGCCACCUCAUCCGAGGAUUAUAUCCACCUCCUCUGCCAGCGACGUGGUUGGUCCUGGCCACACAUUUUCCGCACGUCCAUCCUUCAGACCACCCAGCCAGCCAUACUACCCAAGACCGUACUCUCUUCAGAGUGGUAUCCCGCGCCCGCCGUCCCGCCAGGCUCUGGAGCGCGCUAUCGAAGGCGUCCAGGUGCACCUCGCAGCCCUGACGGAGCGAAUAGAAGUGCUCGAGAACUCGAUACACCGUUCCACCGUAUCCGUGGUCUCCGCACGGGACUCGCGGUCUCCUCGGUGGAGGAGCGCCGAUCACCGAGACCUGGGUGGACAGUCCGAGCGCAUCGAGUGGGAUCUGGACGAUAUGGGAAUGUGGUCAAUUGUCAUUCGUCCCUUGACGCGUGUUGUUGCGCUGUUCAAACACCUCCUCGCUUUCAUUGUGCAGACUCAGAACAACUCCCCAGUGCUGGUGAUCGUGCGCCGUUUAUUUUUGGACAUCUCGUUCAUGCUUUGCGUGCUUGCCGUGUUUAAGGUUGCGUGGAGAAGAAGUGGCAUGCGACGGAAGGAGGUUGUUGCUGCUCUUGCUGGAUUGUGGCGAGCGGUCGUUGGUCACAAGCAGCCGCGAGUAAUGCUUAUGUUUUGUUGGAAAUUAUUGUCGUCUGAUCUCGCACUGUUACAUCGACAUUGCAAGCGACCUGUAUACACCUCGAAUUCUGCGAUUCACUAG